UUCCACGAUCGAUUGACUAUUCUUUAACCAACAUGGAGGCCACACGCAUUCUGCUGCUGUUCCAAACUUUGGCGACGCUUCUUUUGGUCCAGGUCUCGUGCUGCUCCCAGGCCUGCCCAGCAUUUGUCGGCCAAAACGGCUGCCGCGACAAUGGCCUCACGGAACCGAGACUACCGCCCCGCGAUAAUGCCUGUUGCAGCCCCCAAUGCACUAAAACGGCACCCAAUGAAGGGGGUCCUUGCUCCCCUACAGAAGCGAGCCGCUGUCUCUUGGACACUAGUUGUUCGAAAGGAUUGCCCUUCAGCUUCGUUUGCAUGUCCGGCUGCGAAAUUCAGACCAUCAACCAGGAGAGAUUAAAGAAUGGUUUUGCACCUUUGAUUACUUUUAACUUCAAAAAGUCCUAUUGCGACGGACUCAAUACCAAAUACCGCCUCAACUGCUGCUGCCGCCAGACCUGCCCGAAACGGUUUUGUAAAAUUAAAUAAAAGAUCUUUUAAUAAAAAAAAAG